AUGAUGUGGACAACGGAAAAGCUGCGUCAGUCUUUUCUAAACUAUUUCGCUUCUAAGUCGCACAAGAUUGUGAAUUCGAGUUCUGUAGUUCCUUAUGAGGACGACACGUUACUUUUCACAAACAGUGGGAUGGUUCAGUUCAAAAAGAACUUGCUUGGAGAAAAAAAAGAUCUCCGCCGGGCCUGUAGUGUGCAGAGGUGCAUCAGAGCAGGAGGAAAGCACAAUGACCUGGAUGAUGUGGGAAAGGACACGUACCAUCACACAUAUUUUGAGAUGAUGGGGAAUUGGUCGUUUGGAGACUACUUCAAAGAGGAGGGCAUAGGAUUUGCCUGGGAGUUUCUGGUUGAGGUUCUCAAAUUAGACACAGACAGACUAUAUGUCACCUACUACGACGAGCUGGACAAGGAAAGUGGAAGAAUAUGGCGCAAGUAUCUUCCCCCCUCCAGGAUCAUUGCAGCGUCGUACAAAGACAAUUUUUGGGAGAUGGGGGAUACGGGUCCGUGUGGGCCCUGCACAGAGAUACACUAUGACAGAAUUGGGUCUAGGGAUGCUUCUAGACUGGUGAACAAGGACGACCCCAAUGUCAUUGAAAUCUGGAACAUUGUGUUUAUAGAAUACAACAGAACUACUUCUGGCCUUGCUCCUCUUGAAAGAAAGUGUAUAGACACAGGAAUAGGACUUGAGAGACUCCUGAGUAUACUUAUGGACGUCAAAUCCAACUAUCUAAUAGACAGCUUCUCCACGAUAAUUAAGGCUAUGGAAAGCCACUGCAGCUUCAAGUAUAACGACAAGGCGGAGAGCACUGACGUUGCCUUCAGAGUUGUGGCAGAUCACUGCAGAACCAUAGCUGUUUGUGUAUACGACAAGGUUGACUUCAGCAAUGACGGGGUGGGAUAUGUGUUGAGGAGAAUCUUGAGGAGAGCGGUUAGAUAUGCACACGAAGUUCUUGGCCUGAAGGAGGGGGUUCUUGGGGAGUUAGUAGUGGUUGCGGCACAUGCAAUAGGAAUAGAACUGGAGUCAGUUGAGUGUGUGAAUAAGGAAGAACUCCUAUUUAUGAGGACUUUAAAGAAAGGAAUUGAAAGAUUCAACAGGCUCGCUGAGAGUAGCAAUAAAAUAAGCGGGGAAGACUUGUUUUUGCUGUAUGACACGUAUGGAUUUCCUGUAGACUUGACCGAGCUAAUGGCCGUAGAGAGAAAUAUCGAGAUUGAUUAUACAAAUUUUGAAAGCUGCAGGCAGAGAGCAAUUGAGGCCAGUAAGAAGUCCAAAGGAACGAAGCUAAAUAUUGACAUUGGGAUGUGUUCCAAAUUUCCACCUACGGACGACUCUUUUAAAUAUGAAAGAAACGGCGUGAGUGCCAUGUUUCUUUUUGCCGUCGCAGGGGAAGAUGUCAUUACCGAGCCCUGCAAGAUACCCAAAGGGAUAGAGCUUGGGAUUGUAUUUGACAAGACAUGUUUCUAUGCAGAGUGCGGAGGCCAGGUUGGAGAUACCGGAAAAAUUAUUUUCAGAGACGAUUCGGGGGAUACAGGUGUAUUCAAUGUUACUGAUACACAGGCAAUCUUGGGAUUCGUUGUUCAUAAGGGGGCUCUAGAUGGAAGUGCAUCGCACCAGGCACUGCAGAUGUAUGACUACGAACUAAGAAGAAGGAUAAUGAGAAAUCACACCGGAACGCAUCUGCUGAACUUCUUUCUCCGCACGGUGAUCAAGACACAGCAACGCGGAAGUCUUGUUGACCCGGAUAAGCUUAGAUUUGAUUUUGAAGGGAGGAAGCUAACAAACGAGGAGCUGGAAGAUGUGGAAAGAAAAAUCAAUGAUUUUAUUAAGAAAGGUGCAGAGGUCAAAGCCGUGAUCUUGGACAGGAGGCAGGCUAUGGACAAUCCCAAUAUUGUCCGGAUGCAAAAUGAAGAGUACCCUGAAAACGUGAGGAUUAUAACUAUGCAGAGUGACGGGCUGAUUAUUCAAGAAAUGUGUGGAGGAACACAUGUAACAAAUGUUUCUGACAUAGGAAAGUUCAGGAUUGUGAGCGAGACAGGAGUGUCUGCUAAUACACGAAGGAUAGUCGGUGUAACUGGAAAGAAAGCCCAUGAGCUCGAUGCAGAAGCGGAACUUUGUUUGAGCAAGCUCAGCAUGGGGAAUGUGGUCAAUGUUGACAAGGCAAUCCCUCUGUUCUAUAGGCAAAAAAUUGAAGUGCUGAACCAGAGGAACAGAAAGAAGGACGAAGAACUCAGCAAGGCCCAAUAUUUCAAGAACAAGAAGGAAUUUCUGGAGCUUCUAGCAAAGGCCAAAAAUGCUUCUGAUUCCAACGAGCAGAUUACAAUCUACUACUAUCAACCAACUGAGUCCUGCACCAGAAAGGAUCUGGGGAGAUGCAUAGGGUUGCUCUCCGGGGAGGGAUUGAAAGGUGGUGUCCAGUGCUUUGUUUAUACAUUUGUUGGCGAAGAAUCCCUGGUGGCUGCGAAUGUGUCUGACAGCGAGUCUUUGAUAAGCAGGGCCAUUUCAAAGUUUCCAAAAGCCCAUCUAAGGAUCAGUAAGAACAUGGUCCAUGGAAGUAUCCACUCGAAGAUAACUCAGGAAGAUGUCAAAUAUCUGCUUACCUGA